GUGCAGGAGGAGGACAGCAGCUGUGUGUAGCUUCUACAAACACACACACAUCUUGGACGUUAGCAGCAGAGGACACCGAUGGCAGGAAGUGAAGACAGAGAGCGCAACAUGGCGUCCUUCGUCCCGCAGGGUCUGUCCCCCCUGUGUGGACGCUCUCUCCCGCAGCAGGAGCUUCCGUCUCUGGGCCUCGAUCCGUCCGACUUCAGCCUGUACAGCCCUCCAGCUCCGGAGUCCAGCCCGUCGCCGUGGCUCCCACCCGACAACCGCGGCGAGCCUUACCUGUGCAGGCCAGACCUGGGCCCUGUCCCUGGGAUCCCAGGAGGCCCCUCAGGAGGCCCCGCAGGGCUCCCUCCAGGACUCCCCCCACCGUUUGGAGGCUUCUUCCCUCAUCUCUACAGUGGCGCCUGGUUCUCCAUGUCCACCCCGGACGACGUGCUGCGCCUGGUCCGCCCGCCGUACUCCUACUCCGCCCUCAUCGCCAUGGCGAUACAGAGCGCACCCGAGCAGCGGUUGACCCUCAGCCAGAUCUACCAGUACGUCUCAGACAACUUCCCCUUCUACAGCCGCAACAAGGCCGGCUGGCAAAACUCCAUCCGCCACAACCUGUCGCUCAACGACUGCUUCCGGAAGGUUCCCCGCGACGACAGCGACCCAGGUAAAGGAAACUACUGGACUCUGGACCCAAACUGUGAGAAGAUGUUUGACAAUGGAAACUUUCGCCGCAAGAGAAAGAGGAAGGUUGAUAACAUCGUUCCUGCUAAGAAAUCUUCCUCCUCCUCCUCCUCCUCCUCCUCUGACACCUCCUCGUCAGAGCCCAGCCCUAAAACUCCCAGCAUGCACUGCAGAGGCAGCGGUGGUGACAGGACAGAGCUCCCUGCUCUCUCAGAUGCUCCCCCUGGCCUCAGCAGCUUCCUGUGCCACCUCCAGGACUCCCUCCUACCCCCUCCUCCUCCUCCUCCUCCUCCUCCUGGCUCCAUCUCGCUGUACAUGCAGGUUCCUGACCAGACCUCCCCCCCCUCUCCUCCUCCUGCUCAGCCAUACGUCUCCUCUUACUCACCCGGUGCUGUGGUGCCUCAGUGGGACACCUGCAGCUCCUCACCUCCCCUCUACCCCUCCCCUCCUCCUCUCUUCCCCCCCUCCCAGUCGACCCACCCUCACUUCUCCUCCCUCGUCGACCCUCACGCCGGCUCACCUCCGCUCUACGUCGACCUGCAGACGGCGUCCUGCCUGCUGCCGGAGGUCCAGGGGGCCCAGCGGCUGCAGCAGCUUCAGGCCCAGCGCGAGCCUCUCUUCUGCGGGGGCUUCGCUGACGCCCUCCCCCUCGACUCGCUGGUUCUCCAGCAGUGACACAAACCCGAGGGCGACGCCUCCAGAGAGCGUCACGUGUUUACAUUGAGAACUGUCAGUGAAACGUGUUCAGGUGGACGCCACAGCGCACCGAGUGUGUGAAUACUUGUAUUUAUCUUUUUUACAGUUCAAAAAGGGGAGAAUGGUUUUCAAAAUGUAAAUAU